AUGCCUACCCAAGGCUUCAAAGCGAUCGUCGUCGGAGGCGGCCCUGUUGGGCUGUCAGCUGCCCACGCCCUUUCACGUGCCAACAUCGAUUUCGUCCUUCUUGAACGCCGCUCAAGCUCUGUCAUCGACGCUGGCUCCAAUCUCGUGCUCAAUCCUAUGGGUAUUCGUGCACUCGACCAGCUUGGCCUCGGAGAUUCUCUUGAGAAAGUCAGCUCUACUCUCGGCCUUGUCAAGCGUCAAGAUCAUCAAGGCCACGAUAUUGGCGAUGCAUACUGGUUCAUCCUUUUCAACAAGCUCCUGGGGACCUUCCCUCGUGUAGUCAGCCGCCAUGACCUCACCAAAAUUCUAUACGAAUCGCUACCAUCGUCGACAAAGGAAAACAUUCUCACCAACAAGAAGGUCUCCGACAUCAUCCCUAACGCCACUGGCGUCAAAGUCUCGUGCGUCGAUGGGACAUCCUAUGAAGGCUCCAUUGUCAUCGGAACAGACGGUGCCCACAGCUACGUCCGCGAAAAGAUGCGCGAUCUCGCCCUGAAAAACAACUCCGACCAGGCCAACGACGAGAAGCCCUUCCUCACCACCUUCCGAGCUCUGUGGCUACGCAUGCCGACCAAGUUUGCAGGUCUCAACGCUGGAGUCACUUGUGAGACUCAUGGGCCUGGCGCUGCGACACAGCUCUUUGCUGGUGAAGAUUCUGCUGUCAUGGGACUGUAUGAGAAGAUGGAUACGCCCACCCGGGAUCGUGUGAGAUACACCGAGGCUGACCAGGUUGCUCUGGUUGAGCGAUGGGGACACAUUCCUCUUGCACCUGGAGGCAAGCUCACCCUCAAAGAUGCCUUCAACGCCCGCACACAAUCCGGACUCGUCAGUCUCGAAGAAGGUGUCGUGGAUCACUGGAGCUGGGGUGGUCGCAUUGUUCUCGCAGGCGACUCAGCGCACAAGUUCACGCCUAGUCUCGGCGCAGGCUGUAACAACGGGCUAAUUGAUGUCGUCGCACUGGUUAACCAACUCUACGCUCUUCGCCAGGAGACACCCUCUCCUACGCAUGCGCAACUUGCGUCUGCUUUUCAAACAUACCAAGAUUCGCGAAUGGCGCCUGUAGUGGAGGCAUGCCGCAGUUCGGGUAACGCAACUGCAAAUGCUACUUGGCAGUCCAGUGUGUUCAAGUUCAUUGACAAGUAUGUCAUGGGUAUUGAGAAGGUACAGAACCUUCUAAUUGGGAUGGGCGCACCAAAGAUGGCCCAGUCGCCUAGGCUUACGUGCAUCGAAGGGCCUGAGAGGGUCAUUGGUACUAUCCCCUGGGCAAAGACUGAGAUCAAGGUCUAUUGA